GCUAUGCGUAAUGUUUAGGUCGUCCCCUAUGGUGAAGGAAGAAUCCGCUAUCCAAUUGUGGCACUGCUGUUGUCGAAAACAGCAACAUUGUUUCCUUCUGUAGACAAAAGUGCCUCGACAACCCGAUAAAUUACUGAAUAGUCAUCCAGUUCUGUGGCUUCUUGGGGAAGAUAUGGAAAAACAACCGAGGUUGUUGGCAUCCCAACUCCUACUGAAAAACAGUUUAUUCGAAGUGUCGUUAAACCGUGUGCUUCUGACAUGGAAAGAGAUUCCGACCAAGAAAAAACGCGUUUCUGGGGGCAUACAUCACCCAUUUAAAGUCGCUGGUCCGCGGAGUGCGGCUGCGGCCAUGGCUUGGAUAGCCUCGCUAUGUCGGGUCAAUUGGAUGGCACACAAUUUGGCCUCGGAGUUCUUCUUUAUGAGCUGGCUGACAUUUUUCAUCACCUCACACGGUACCAGUCACGGUGUGUCAGUGUCUGAGAUCCUAGCAGUCAGGGAGCUCGAUGUGGACAGCGGGACGAAAGAUGACGGCAGGUGGCAGAAAAUGCCUCAGAAAUCGGCUGAGGCCUAUCCAUACGCAUUCACAGUGUCCUAUGUGGAGAGAGCGAGGCAGCACCGCUGGCGGUGUAGUGACGUCACCUUUCACUGUCUAGAGGGGGCGCUGUGUCAGCAGUGGGUCCAGACCAUCAGAGAGCAGCUCACAGCACUGACCAGCAGACCCAAGCAUUUGCUGGUGUACAUCAACCCCUAUGGGGGCAAGCAGCAAGGCGAGCGUAUUUACGAGCAGAAAGUCGCCCCUCUCUUCACCCUUGCCUCCAUCUCCACGCACGUGAUUGUUACAGAGCAUGCCAAUCAUGCCAGGGACCACCUGAGGACAGAGGCUGAGUUGAAACAAUAUGAUGGAGUGGUGUGUGUGGGCGGGGACGGCAUGUUCAGUGAAAUGGUUCACGGCCUGGUCUCCCGGAUCCAGAGGGACAACGGCGUGGACCAGAACAGCCCGGAGGAGAAGCUGGUACCCUGUACUCUGCGCAUCGGCAUUAUACCCGCAGGUUCAACGGACUGCAUCUGCUAUGCAACUGUAGGCAUCAACGACCCUGUGACCUCGGCCUUACACAUCAUAGUGGGAGAUGCCCAGCCAAUGGACGUGUGCUCGGUCCAUCACAACAACACAUUCCUGAGGUACUCUGUGUCCCUGCUUGGGUACGGUUUCUAUGGCGACGUGCUGGCAGACAGCGAAAGGAAACGAUGGAUGGGACCAGCCAGAUACGACUUUUCAGGUUUUAAGACGUUUCUCACACAUCACUACUAUGAAGGGACUGUGUCUUUUCUACCAGCAACUGACAUAUUGGGAACUCCACGAGACAAGACCAGGUGUAGAGCUGGGUGCUUCAUAUGCCAACACAACGGACAGCUGUAUUCCGAGGAUGCCCCAGAGAUUUGCGAGACUGAUCUAGAUGUUUCAGACAGUGAAUACAAAGGGGGGUGGCGGGUGAUCAGAGGGAAGUUCCUGGCCAUCAACGCGGCCAGUAUGAGCUGUGCCUGUCCCCGAAGCCCCAAGGGCCUGUCCCCCGCUGCCCACCUCGCUGACGGCACCACCGACCUCAUCCUCGUACGCAAGUGCUCCCGAUUCAACUUCCUGCGCCACCUGCUACGCCACACCAGCAAAUACGACCAGUUUGACAUGACCUUUGUGGAAGUGCACCGUGUGCGGCGCUUCCGCUUCACGCCGCGCUACUGCCAGAGUGACUCCGAGUUGGACCUGAGGGAGAAUGGCAAGAGGCUCUUCAGCCAGAUCUGCCGAGACCACCCGGCCUGCAGCUGCAGCCCUACCUACAGCAGCUGGAACUGUGACGGCGAGAUCCUCCCCCAUGCUGCCAUUGAAGUCGGAGUGCACUGCCAGUUGAUCAAGCUGUUUGCGCGAGGGAUCGAAGAGCAGCCUGUGUUUGAGGACCUUCCCAACCCGUGUGCAGUAUAGAUCCCCCCCCUCUGCUGCCCUACCCUAUCAAAGUCACUGGAACAGUCCUACUGCAUUUCAAAGGCUACUGCUGUCAUAUCCUUACCCCUGAACACUACCUUUUUCUGAUAUACUUUGAGGUCUUUCAGACAUCUGUUUUCUGGGGCCAUUUUUGUUUGUCUGCCACAUUUUAGAGGUCACAAGUUCACAGGUCAAGGAGUACUGGUGAUGGUACACCUACAGAGAGGUUCACUAUCCACAUCCUGAAGAAGAAAUUAUGAAAAUACUAAGCGGUAUUGAAUGAAACUCUUUUCCGCUCUCCUUUUUCAAUAGAGCGAUGUUAACCUAGCAAUUAACAUGCUGUUCAACAUUUAUAGAACUCCUCUUUGCACGUUUUACAAUGUAUGCUGCUCCAAAUUAUGAAUAACUGUUACGACAUUUUGUUUAUUUAUUCAUUUAGAGAAAACAUUUAAUUAGAGGAUGUUUGAAUUUUGCUAGCUGCUUGCACUUUUGUUUCAAAUAGGCCGUAUGCAUUUUGACCUUAUAAGCAAUGCCUUGUUAGAAGUUAUUUCACAGCACCUAAAAAGCAUGAAUUUGAAUACAUAUGUGUUGAUGAUCGGAUAUUGGGUGAACCAGAGAACUCUCUAGGGCAGUGUUUCCCAACUCCAGUCCUCAAGUACCCCCAGCAGUACAUUAUUGUUAUUGUGCCCCCGAACAAGCACAACUGAUUCUACUUGUCAACUAAUCAUCAAGCCCUUGACAAUUGAACCAGGGGCCUCAUUUAUCAACCUUGCAUACAUGUCUUACUUAGUUCUGAGGUACGUGGAGAUUCUAGGAUUUGUGUAACAAAUGUAUCAAACUAUCGCACGCAACAUAUACGCAUGUUGUCAUUGUUAAAUCAGAGCCAUACGAUAUUUGUGGGCUUGUAAACAAGCACUAAAACUUGACUUGAAAAACUUCCUCCAUUCACAUUUUAUGAUAACAAAAAUUCCCAAAUUUGCUGUAUGAUUUGAAGAUGCUGGAACUGGGCCAGGAUAGUUUCUAAAAUAAAUCGCAAUAGCACAUUUGAUCACAUUUCUGUACAUGUGUGUGCAGAAUGUUUUUUUAAAUAUUUUGCAGUGACAUAUGCCUCCUAUAGCGAGUGCCAAACACUGUCCACGCGUACUGCAAGAUUGAUUGUCCAUUCGAAACAUUUUAAAAGUAAAUGCUACAGCCCACACUUCUAUGCAAGAAUCUAAUUGUUGUUCAAUAUUUUGUUUAUCAAUAGAAGAUAGAAACACAAUUUCCUGCCUUGGUAUAUGCUCUGAGAUGAAUAGGCUAUUAUGUCUCGCUCCUGUCGCAAAGCAAUACUGUGGCCUACCCAUACUGUCAUAUAGGCUAUCAGUCUAUGGUUGGCUAUUGAAUGAGUGAUGGAUAAAUGGUAGCCUAAUAAUUGUUGCGAAGCGGGAAUAACCAGUCGUCAGAAAAGGAGAAAUGACCUGUAAUAUGAUUUAGGUCUAUAUAAUAAAAGUUAAAUAAAUAUAUUAGGCAACAUGCUGCUAUGCGAUCUUCAUACCAACAGCAAAUGCAUCUGUGUUAUCGUUAGACCAACGUUUUAAUGUUUUUGUUCGCCUAACAUUCUUAGAAUUCCUGUGCAUCAAACACCUAAAUUUCUGCCAAAAUAACAAUAUUUGCUUGCAAUACCACUAGAAGUUGCAUGGUUUGAGAUUUGCGUGGAGCUAUGCAUGCUUUCAAGUUCAAAAUUGGUAAAUACCAAUCUUUACAGGAAAACUGGCAAGGUUUAGUCUUUUUUUGUACGCACGCAUUUUGAUAAAUGAGGCCGCAGUUGUAUUUGUCUGGGGCUACAACAAAAAUGUGUGCUGUUGGGGGUACUCGAGGACAGGAGUUGGAUAAAACACUGCUCUGGUGGUACCAUAAACCAGCCAGACUCUUACCUUAAAGGAGAAGUUCGAUUUUUUUAAUUUUCUUUUUACAAACAAAUCUGUAUUUUGAAUGUAAAUGGCAUGUUAUAGAAAGGUCCAGACACUUUUUUUUGUGCGAUUUCACGUGUUCGUGAGAAACCCCAAACAGAGAUUCUCUCCCUCAUCCUCGUUGUGCAAUACAGGUGCUCUGAAAAAAAACAUGAGUAAAUGCUCCAAAUACGUCAUCUUUUAAACGAUAAUGCUCUCAGUAUAGCAAUGCAGGUCUUUAGAUAUUGUACACGUGUAAUUGUGUCAUUCCCAACUUUUCCGCAGCGUUAUAUUCAGUUUUGUGAGACUAGAGUUUCCCAUAUCCAGUUGUUCCAUUAUCUAUGUAGCCUGCUGCUAGAAUGGACGGAGAGGGAUCACUCCAGUCGCAACAAAAUGGAAUAUAACGUCGCGAAUAAAGUUCAGAAUGACACAACUUCAUGUGUACAAUAUUGGAAUUUGGCUUCUAGGUCCCCUCGUUAAGGCCAGAAGUCGCUAAAGCAGGUCUUAGUAACUGGUAUCUGGGCCUUUGAGCCAUAAAAUUGGCCAAUGGUGUCCUUAAGCGAUUAAGAUGUUUCAAAUGUGUAGUCUAUUUAACCCCUCCUCUGGUAGAGUUUCUGCGAAUCUCUUAGAGGAAUGUGUCCGUCUCCCCUCUAUCCAUAUGUCUGUCUAAUAAAUAGUUGUUCACGUCAUCUUUUGCAUACAGCCUUUCUCCACACCUUGAACAGUUUUUAAUUCUAAAGACCUCACUAUACUGGGAGCUUUCCGGUUUCUAAAAGGACUUAUUUGGGUGUUUUUGGAGCAUUUUUUUCAUGCUUUCUCAGAGCCCCUGUACUGCACAACAAGGAUGAGGAAGUGAAUCGCUGGUUGGGAUAAAAAAACGACAUUGUCCUUUGAUGUGACAUUGAAACAAACCAUCACCAAAUCUAAUGGUACACAAAAUGUCCAGACUGGCAAGAUUCACAUGGGAUGCUGAAAACUCAACAAUGUAGCUCAUCAACACAGUGUAUGCACUAAAACGUGUGACUUGGUACCAUAAAAAUAGUAGCUUUAGGCACAUUUUACCAGCAAAUCCAGCAAGUCAUUCCAGGUUUAGAUUCCUUGAUAUCUGAGGUAUAGCAGUUAAAGGAAAAUUCCACCCCUUAAACUAUCUUUUGACAUUUAUUUCAUUAGUCCAUUGUUCAUAUUGUCUCAAUGUUUUGCAUGUCAGCAAUCAAGUUUUCAAGAUGUAUAACUUUCAAAAUACAGAAAUACAGCCGAUAUGAUGCAUUUUGCAUCAACUCAUGCUGCAUUUCAAUCAUAUGAUGCAAUUUCGAUUGCAUAUGAUGUAUUUCGAAAGUUAAGAUAUCUAUCUAACUUGAUUGCUAACAUGCAAAACAUUUUGUACUAAUGAAGCAAAUACUAAAAGAUUGUUUUUGGGUGGAGUUUCCCAAAAAGGUUUCUGGUUCGAGUUAGUUGAGAAAUCAGAUUCAUUUUUUUCUUGAGCAAGGAACCAUAAUUCCCCCUGUAAGGCGCUCUGGAUAAGAGCAUCUGCUAAAAUGACAAAAAAUUGAAACUGCAUACCAUAUAAUCCAGUGCUGCACAUCCUAUGCUGGGUGUCACUGCCCUCCGCACUGUCCCGCUGGUCUUGCUGCUGCAGACUAGGAAAAUUGUAGCAGUUGCUGAACAUGAAUAUGCUGUGACAACAGUGACUAGCUAACACCACAUGGCUGUUUUCCGCCCAUCUGACCAAAAUACGAGUCUCUACUGUAUGCUACGGUGACGUAGCUUGGUUUUAGACUCAUUGUGCACUGAUUUUUACUUUGGCAUCCUCAUUUGUGAGGAAUCUUGGCUGCAUUCACAAUUCCUUUCUGACCAUGCACUCUCUUCUCUGAAUUGUCCACCAGGCAGCCAUCAGGCAGAUGGUCGUCCAUCCAUCCAAGUUCCUUUUAGCUUUAGCUCGGCAGAACAGAAUUACGCUGAUUCAUCAUCCACUGUGACAUACACCCCUCCACCAGCACUAGGCACCCAUUCAGUUUGGUUCACUUCCAGGCCCAUUAGAAACUCUCUGUAUCAGCGGGGCCACUCUUAAUGCUGCAUUCUUAAUCUUGGAGGUGCUCCCCUCAUUUAUGCCGACCCGCUUUACAUUAUAGGAGUGCUGACUGUAGCAGAGUGCGGCUCCCCUAUGGAGGGGAGAGCAGUGUGCGUGUGUCUGAGAGGCCAUCACUCCACUAGAAAUUGUGGGGCCCUAGCCGUCACCCCUAAGGAGUGUGUGUGUGGUGUCAAUACAGCGCUGUGGGAAGUGCAGUGUAAACGCAGCCACAGCAUGGCAGAGGAAGCUUCACGAGGCUCAGCAUUGCGUAGCACCGAUCAACUCUGUCUUGUAAGGGUUCUCAGUGCAAGAGUAAUGACACCACACACACACACAGCACACUCUCGUUAGGUUACAACUGAUAUCCUGAUUUAUUGGUAUGUUUUUACCAAUAAAACCCUAAACAAGCGCACACCAGAAACCCCCUCUGUGAUCUUGCAGGAUUCAAGAUGUUACAGGUAUGUAAACUCAGCAAAAAAAGAAACUAUUUUCAGCAAACUUAACAUGUGUAAAUAUUCGUAUGAACAUAAUAUUUAACAACUGAGACAAACUGAACAAGUUCCACAGACACGUGACUAACAGAAAUGGAAUAAUGUGUCCCUGAACAAAGGGAGGUCAAAAUCAAAAGUAACAGUCAGUAUCUGGUGUCGCCACCAGCUGCAUUAAGUCCUGCAGUGCAUCUCCUCCUCAUGGACUGCACCAGAUUUGUCAGUUCUUGCUGUGAGUUGUUACCCCACUCUUCCACCAAGGCACCUGCAAGUUCCAGGACAUUUCAGGGGGGAAUGGCCCUAGCCCUCACCCUCCGAUCCAACAGGUCCCAGACGUGCUCAAUGGGAUUGAGAUCCGGGCUCUUUGCUGCCCAUGGCAGAACACUAACAUUCCUGUCUUGCAGGAAAUCACGCACAGAACAAGCAGUAUGGCUGGUGGCAUUGUCAUGUCAGGAUGAGCCUGUAGGAAGGGUACCACAUGAAGGAGGAUGUCUUCCCUGUAACGCACGGCGUUAAGAUUGCCUGCAAUGACAACAAGCUCAGUUCGAUGAUGCUUUGACACACCGCCCCAGACCAUGGACCCUCCACCUCCAAAUCGAUCCCGCUCCAGAGUACAGGCCUCAGUGUAACGCUCAUUCCUUCGACGAUAAACAUGAAUCCGACCAUCACCCCUGGUGAGACAAAACCGCGACUUGUCAGUGAAGAGCACUUUUUGGCAGUCCUGUCUGGUCCAGCGACGGUGGGUUUGUGCCCAUAGGUGACUUUGUUGCCGGUGAUGUCUGGUGAGGACCUGCCUUACAACAGGCCUAGAAGCCCUCAGUCCAGCCUCUCUCAGCCUAUUGCGGACAGUCUGAGCACUGAUGGAUUGUGCAUUCCUGGUGUAACUUGGGCAGUUGUUGUUGCCAUCCUGUACCUGUCACGCAGGUGUGAUGUUUGGAUGUACCGAUCCUGUGCAGAUGUUGUUAUAUGUUUGCCACUGCAAGGACGAUCAGCUGUCCAUCCUGUCUCCCUGUAGCACUGUCUUAGGCGUCUUAAGGUACGUACAUUGCAAUUUAUUGCCCUGGCCACAUCUGCAGUCCUCAUUCCUCCAUGCAUAAGGCACGUUCACCCAGAUGAGCAGGGACCCUGGGCAUCUUUAUUUUUGUGUUUUCAGAGUCAGUAGAAAGGCCUCUUUAGUGUCCUAAGUUUUCAUAACUGUGACCUUAAUUGCCUACCGUCUCUAAGCUGUUAGUGUCUUAACGACCGUUCCACAGGUGCAUGUUCAUUAAUUGUUUAUGGUUCAUUGAACAAGCAUGGGAAACAGUGUUUAAACCCUUAACAAUGAAGAUCUGUGAAGUUAUUUCGAUUUUUACGAAUUAAAUUUGAAAGACAGGGUCCUGAAAACGGGAUAUUUCUUUUUUUGCAGAGUUUAUGAAGAAUGAUGUGGAGGUCUGUCUAUUUUGGUUGAAAGUGGAACAUUCUAAGAAAUGACUACAUAAAGAGUAUUUAAACCUCUGAAUAA